AAAACCUCCAUCGAUGGUCAACAAACUCGUAGACGGAGUGAACGGAGUUGCUAGCAGUUCCACCUCUCAGGAUGCCCGUGUACUCAGCAUACAGUCCCAUGUAACCUACGGCUACGUUGGUGGAAAGGCUGCUGUCUUUCCUUUGCAAUGUAUGGGCUUUGACGUCGAUGUCAUCAAUACCGUCAACUUCUCUAAUCACUCGGGAUAUGGACACCUCGGAGGCACGAAAACUUCAGCAGAGGAGCUGGAACGCAUCAUCGCCUCGAUGAAGCAUAUCGGACUCUUGCGUCCAGAUCGACUCUUGACUGGAUACACUUCUUCUGCAGAAGCGCUUCAAGUAGUUCAUAAGCUCGCUGCUGAUCUUCGCCAAAUAAACCCCGAUCUUGUCUAUCUACUAGAUCCCGUACUCGGAGACUCGGGAAAACUGUACGUCUCGCCAGAAACAGUCCCCGUCUAUCGCGCGAUGCUCCCUCUAGCUACUGUGAUAACACCCAACUGGUUUGAGGUGGAGGUCCUAACAGACAUCAAAAUGAGCGACAUGUUCUCCCUCCGAGCGGCAAUCCAAAAGCUGCACGACGAGUACCACGUCCCCAACGUCGUCAUCAGCUCCAUCCCCCUGCGCCAGUGGCUGAUCGACUCCCUACCCGAAUCCAUCCGGCCACCGCAAUCCGCCGACGAAGACGCCCAAUACCUCCUCUGCAUCUCCUCAUCAGCAACCGGCCCGUCCACAGUGCACGCGCGCUGCGUGCCCCUGAUCCCCGGCUACUUCUCCGGCGUCGGCGACCUCUUCUCCGCGCUCCUCCUCGGGCACUUCAUCCCGCCGUCCACCAAAACAACACCGCUCUCCCAGCCCGGCGACAGCGCGCAGACGGCGCUGUCGCGCGCGACGUCCGCAGCGCUCGCCAAGACGCACGCGCUGCUCGCGCUGACGGACGAGUACACACGGCUCUUGCCCGAGGACGAGCGCAUCCCGACGGACGAGGAGCGGGACAAGGUCGAUCCGGUGCCCAAGUUCAGGCGCAUGCGCGGGCGGGAACUGAGGCUCAUACAGGGGCAGCAUAUCUUUAGACAGACGGAACUGCGGCCGGACGAGCAGAUGCAGGAGUGGGCCGGGUUCUGGUAACUCGCAAGCCAGCGGGGCGUCGUCGGUGUCUGGAUACUGUACUCGGCAUUGGUAGAUCAGACUCUCUUUACCGAAAGAGAUGAUAGACAGGGGUAUAGACAAGUUGCAUCAUUCGUAUGCUACAAAGAGC